AUGACGUUUGAAGGAACGGGGCUGGGCAUGCCUGAAGGUUAUGGACCUCAGCAGCCGGCUUUCCACAUUGGAAAACACGAUUCGGCCCGGGAUGUGCCUCUAACGGAUCUCCAAUACGGUUACUUGCUCAACCAGGGGAUCAGCUUCGCGACGUCUCCCAUCACCAACAACCACUUCAAGAAGAGGGUCUUCAAGCUCGUCGCGGACCACCUCGCCCUGCUGAGCAAGAAUGGCGAGUCGGGCACCAGCACCGUCACGGCCUCGCGGGCGGAACCCAUCCUGCCGCCUCUGACCCCCGAGGACACCUCGCUGUUCCCUUCUGCCGCGGUCAAUACGUACACGGCGUGCAUCAGCCCAUGGAUUGACUUGUGCUCCACGGACCCUAUCGUGUCCAGCAUCUCGCGCCAGGUGCUGAACCUGGAGAUCAACUAUGCCAACUUUUGCGGCGUGCGGAGCAUCAUGCUCACUGGGCCCGCGCGGGAUGCCUCCAAGGACGGAGGGAACCAGGGCUUGGCUCAGUACUCGCGGGCUGUCCAGGAAGCUCUUAAGAUUGGAAACACUUUGGCCUUCCUGGUUCACAUGCCAAUGUACAGAGAGCCCGUGGUGGGCCAGGAGAACGAGACGCUCUCCUCGCUUUGCCCGCAAGCAAGCGCAAGUGCCUCUGCCACAAAGAGCAUAGACCUCUUCAGUGCGUGGGACUCGUGGCACCAUAUUCGGUCGGUGUGCAAUUACAGUCUCAGGCUCUUUGUCGCGCUCAAGCUGCCCAAGGUCAUGCCGGAAAAGGACCUGCAAAACAGAUGGUUCGCAGAGCCCUUGCAGUAUCUGACCAUCGGGCCCGAGGUGUUCCAGACGAACAAGGGCGGUUACCCCUGCUUGUCGAAACAUCACCAGGACCUCAUCUUCACGUAUAUGCGGCUGAAGGCAUUCCCCUGGCUUCUGCUCUGCGACGUCGGCCCGGAUGCGUCCCAGUUCAAGCCCAGCUCGUCUUCUCUGCUGGCGCAGAAACCGCCAGUCACGGACGAGGACUUCCCAAGCCUGUCCGCCGCGCACUCUCCGGCAAACACCGCCCAGUCUCAAGCACCCCGAGGCAAUGCCCACAUGGCGUAUCUGCAGUGGCUCGAGUCGCAGCAGCCGGUGUUCACCGCUCUUGAGUCCACGACCCUGACAAGCUUCCAAGACUGGCUGCAGUCGCCGCUACAGCCGUUGUCGGACAACCUCGAGUCCGCCACCUAUGAGGUAUUCGAGGGCGACCCCGUCAAGUACGACCAGUAUGAGGCAGCAGUUGUCGAGGCUUUGACGGAAUGGAAGGCUCUCGGGCUGCCGACAUCCAAGCCUGGCGUUGUGGUCAUUGCAGUGGCCGGCUCGGGCCGUGGCCCUCUUGUCACGCGCGCGCUCAAGGCGGCAGAGUUUACCGGUGUUCCGGUUGAGGUGUGGGCGGUCGAGAAGAACCCCAACGCCUACGUCUAUCUGCUGAGGCAGAAUCAGACCGUCUGGGGCGGCAAGGUGAACGUGAUCAAGACGGACAUGCGCGCCUGGAAGGGCCCGGUCGUGUCGGAAUCGGCAGAGACAGGGCCAGUGCACGGCAAGGUGGACAUUCUCAUCUCGGAACUUCUCGGUUCCUUUGGAGACAACGAGCUGUCCCCCGAGUGCCUGGACGGCAUCCAACAUGUCGUUGCGAAGCCUCACGGAAUCUCGAUCCCCAGCUCGUACACGGCGCACUUCAGCCCCAUUUCUACGCCCAAGCUGUAUGCGGAUAUCCUGGCGAGGUCCGCCACGGAGGACACGGCGUUUGACACACCCUGGGUGGUGAGACUGUACGCGCUGGAUUUCGUCUGCCAACGAGUGCCCGGACACCCCCGCUUCCAGCAGGCGUGGGAGUUCUCUCAUCCGAUACCAGAGUCUACGCUCGCGGCCGUGCAGGCACGUCGCUCAGGAGGCGUUGUUGGCGGUGGCGGCGGAAGCAUGGCCGGCGCGGCCGGUGCGAAUGACCACAACUCGCGGUACUGCCACGUUACGUUUGUAUGCCGCGCGCGGGGUGUCAUCCACGGAUUGGCAGGCUACUUUGAGUCUACACUGUACGAGUCGAGGCUGGACGAGCAUAAGGGCGAGAAGGUGGAAAUUAGCACGCACCCGGAGCGCAUCGACGCCAAGAGCAAGGACAUGAUCUCAUGGUUCCCCAUCUUCUUUCCUCUCAAGAAACCGAUUACUUUCCCGGCGGACACGGAGCUCGAGGUGAGCAUGUGGAGGCAGACAGACGACAGCAAAGUGUGGUACGAGUGGCUUGUGGAAGCGUGGACGUGGGUUGGGCCCACGACGAGAAUCAAGAAUUAG